AUGGGAAGUCUGAAGAUGGAAGUGCCAUGGUGGAAAGGAGACCUUGUAGCAGAGGUCCAUCAGACUCUGAGGCUGAAGGAGCUGAAACUUCCCGUGUACAAGGCCCAUUCUCCACAGAUCGGGAUGCGGCGUUACUUUGCUGACCUCUUGGCUAUCAUCAGCAACCGCUGCCGACUCUGCCCCACAGCCCGGCACCUGGCUGUCUACUUGCUGGACCUCUUUAUGGACAGCUAUGAUGUGGCUGUCAAACAACUCUAUGUCAUCUCUAUCGCUUGCCUUCUCCUUGCAAGCAAAUUUGAAGAGAAGGAGGACAGAGUGCCCAAACUGGAACAGCUGAACAGCUUUGCAUGCUUAUGCAACCUUGACUUGGUGAUCACGAAGAAAGACCUGCUGAAGAUGGAACUGUUGCUCCUGGAAAGUUUUAACUGGAAUCUGUGCUUGCCGACCCCAGCGCACUACAUUGAUUACUACCUCUUCACCUCGGUUAGCGGGAGUGAUCUACACAAUGGCUGGCCCAUCACAUCCGUGGCCAAAGUCAGAGCUUUCAUGGAGAAAUACACUCACUAUUUCCUAGAAGUCUCACUGCAAGAUCACGUUUUUCGCUCCUUUCGGCCAUCUCUGGUUGCUGCCGCUUGUGUGGCUGCCUCGCGCAUCUGUCUUGAGAUCUCUCCCUCUUGGACCACACAGCUCCAGCUGUUGACGUGUUAUUCCUGGGAACAUCUUGCUCCAUGCAUUGAUCUCAUGCUUAUAGCUCAUGAUAAGGACGUCAAAGAAGCCAGUAAAGACAAAGAUCAUGCAACACUAUUGCAGCCAGAGCAGCAAGUUGUGGAAAGCAUCACCAUCCAGACCCCAACUCAAGUUCUCUUUCAGCAGUCGCGAUAUCACCCCAUGGCUCAACACUCUGCUGUCCUUUCCCAGUUCUAUUCUCCGAUACAGGAUCUGUGCUCAGCUUACCGGGACUCUUUACAAGCUCCUCGAUCUAGUGGCCUCGCCUCUGGGAGUAGCAGUUCGUUGCAUUCAUACUCUGCCUUACAGGCCAGCUUUCAGCCCGUUCUGCAAACCAUUCAAGGGCCUAUCACGAUGCAGGUUGCCUUUUCGACAGAGCCUAGGCACUGCCUCUCCCUGACCUAUGGCAGUAGCUAUUUCAGUGAGCAUCAUUCGUACACAACCGGUUGUUUUGAGGGCUGAGUACGUGGCAAAGAAAGGCAGCAAGAAGGAGCAGUACGUUUUGAAAGCAAAAUGCUGGUGGCAUCUAAACUGAAUUGCUCUUGCCAGGA